CCAAAGCUGAUGCCGACGAGCUGUUAAGGGAAGCGGAGAAACACAUGAACAAAAAGUCCAUGCUUUUCAGGAAAAAACCUGAUUAUGAAAGGGCAGCUGAUUGCUACCAGAAGGCUGCACAAAUACUUCGCUCCCCAGCUGUAAAGAAGUUGUCCGAUGCUGUAAAAGCCUUCGAGGACGCUUCCAAUGCACAUGUGAAAGGAGGAGCUCAGUUUUUUGGAGCUGUUGCAAUGGAGAAUGCGGCUAAUAUCCUUAGGGACCUGAAAGAAAACUCAACCAGCUGCGAUAGAUACAAAAAAGCUUCUGCCAUUUACAGAGAAGCAGGGAACGCUGAGAAAGCAGCAGAAUCACUCAUGAAAGCAGCCAAAGCUAUUGCUGAGGACGACGUCGACAAUGCAAUCAAACUUUAUCUCGAAAGUAUGAGUAUCUAUGAAGAUGAAGAAAAGCAUAUUUUCAUUGGAGACUCAUGGCGUGCAUGUCUUGGGCUCAUGAUGCGACAUCGCAAAGUUGAUGAUGCAAUCCAGCUGUUGAAGAGAAUGAUUCACAACUUUGAGAUUCUGGACCAAACGGACUACAUGUACAAGGCACAGCUAAGCGUAGUCGUUCUUCUGCUCUCUAAAGGGGACAUGGUCGCGGCAUCUAGUGCCAGAGAUAGCUUCGGCGAUUUUAUGAUGACAAGAGAAGGACAAGCAGCGAGUGAUUUGAUUCAGGCUUUCGAGGAUGGGGAUAGCGCGGCUGUUGAGUCGAUGACAAAGACGCAGACAUUCACGCUGCUUGAAAAUCAGAUCGCGCGUGCGGCAAGUAAUCUCAAGAAUGUCUGUGAGCAAUGUGCAUCAGACAUGACUGGAGCAAGAGUAAGUGCAUCCAAACAAGCGUCGACAGCACGCAAGACAGAAGGGACUGAUCAGAAGCAAGCUACAGAUCCCGAUGAUGAAAUGGACGAUCUUCUUUGAAACCAAUCUGUUUUGGUGUUGUUAACAGUUUGGUUUCAACUCUGAAUCCGGGAUUAGGAGUUGAAGAGCGUGAAUUGAAGCUGUUGGUUUAUGAGUAUCACGUUACAUUCUUGUUCUUGAUC